AUGAACCCGACAUAUAAGAUCCUGACAGACAAGAUCCCGUCGAACAUGAUCCCGAAAUCCGAUAUCUUGAUGAACAUGAUCCAUACACACAAGAUUUUGACAGACAUUACACCGGCAGCCAAGAUCUCUACGAACAUGAUCCCAACAGCCAAGAUCCCGACAAGAAUGAACCCUAAACAUAAGAUCCUGACAGCCAAGAUCCCAUCAAACAUGAUCCCGGAAUCCGAUAUCUUGAUGAACAUGGUCCCUACACACAAGAUUUUGACAGACAUUAUAGCGACAGCUAAGAUCUUUUCAAACAUGAUCCCGAAAUCGAAUAUCUUGACGAACAUGAUCACGAUGCUCAAUAUCAUGACAGACGUUAUCCCAACAGACAAGAUCAUCACAAACGUGAUCCCGAACGCCAAGAUCACAACCUUAAGAUCCUGCCAGUCAAGAUCCCGCAUCCGUUACCUUAAAAGGUCGCCCGUCGUUCGCAGGCGCUCAGGGUCACGGAACAUCUUCGUUUCUUUUCCAUUCCGUGACGUUAAGGUCAAAUAA